CUGGAGGGAUGUGUGGGACGGAAAGCAGAGGUUAGGCAAGCAUGGAAGAAACAAACUGCCUUGCCUUCUGACUUACUUCAGACCUGUUUCUUAAGAGGUCUGCAUCUUCAUUAUGUACAACAACAUGGUGUAUAUGAAACAAACUCGAACUUAAAUUCUGUUCUACUAUCUGUGGUUUAACUUACACUGCCUGAGUAACUUACAGCAAAACUAUUUAAAGUUUACUUACACUUGGAUAGGAAAAGAGACUGAACAAUACAUUUAUUUGAAUAAAAAUGUAUACAAUGAAAACUUACAGAAUAAAAUGAAAGAAAAAAAAAAAAAGGCGGCGGUAUUAACAGCACACGGGAGCGGACAAAUAACCGAGCAAAAGCUUGAGCGUCCCUCCCCGUUAGAGAAAGCCGGCAGUGUCACGGAACGCCCCUUCCGCCUUCUGGGCUUUGCAGCGGCGCUCCCGGCCCCGCAGGGAGAGCGCGGCAGCCGCGCCACACGGCAGUGCGACAGCCGGCCCUGACGGCCGUGCCGUAAAGCGCCGCGCUGCCGGCAUGGGGAAGCGGCGCGGCGGGCGGGAGCUGGCGCGGGGCUUGAGCAAGCGGCAGAGGAAGCACCUGCGGCAGUUCGGGGAGCAGCACCCCGUCUGCGACCGGGUUUCUGGAAGACCAGACGCAACUCAAAUAUGUGAACUGUCUGACAAUUCUGAUAAAUCAAGUGCAGAAAGCGAUUCAGAGACUGAGGUGGAACAAGUCUCUGUCUAUCACAAGCUUCUGGCUACACUGAAGGCAUCUCCUGAGUCUGAGAGUGAGGAAGAGGAAGAUGAAAGUGAAACAGAAGAAGCUGGGGAGAGUGAGGCAGAACUGGACAGCGAAGGGUCCCAGGAGCCCAAAGAAGCAGUUGGAGGUGAAGAGCAGAACGGUGUACCGGAGCAGGAAGAAGAAGUUGCAGCUAAAGACCCACCAGAACAGGCGGUUGGCCAGGAGCAGGCUGAUGGGGAGGAUACUUCUUGUGACCCUAAUCAUGGAGCAAUUGAGGAGUUUACUGAUGUGAAACAUGAAGCUGAAUUUAGCUUGGAAACCAAUUUCAUGGAAGAGGAGAGUGGAGACUGCGAUGCAGACAAGAGAGAGAGCAGUUCUUCACGAGCCUUUUCAGAAGACCCGUUUAAACAGCACAUGGACAAAGAACUCGAAGAAGGAGAAGUAGAAAAAAUAUCUACACUUUCUAAAACUUCAAGUCAAAGCAAGUGGCCAAGGCUAGGUCAACUCACUUUUUCAUCCACUUUGGAGAAACAUAUAACUUUAAAACCAGACAAAGAAUUCAGUGUGAAACAGCUUUAUCUUCACAAGCCUUUAGAAUCCACUUGGCCAAAAGUGAAUAAACAUUUCCUGUCCUCAGUGAGCAAACCAAGCGAAUCCUCUUUUACCCCAUUACAAAGAGAGCUCUUCUGUAUCAUGAAUACCUACAGGGACUUGUUCUAUCCAGAGAGAAAUGCUUUAACAAACGGAGAAGAAAUCCGGCAUGCUUACUGCUUGCAUGCCUUGAACCACGUUCUGAAGGCAAAUGCCCAGGUGCUCAGCAACAAUGCCAAAAAACGAGACCAAAAGCCAGGGACCGACAGUGACGACUUCAGGGAUCAGGGGCUCACCAGACCUAAGGUGCUGAUGAUAGUGCCCUUCCGGGAAUGUGCUUUGCGAAUUGUGCAUAUUUUCAUCAGUCUUCUUGAAGCGAACGAGAAAAGAAAAAUAGAUGUAAGUAAUAAAAAGCGCUUCAAAGGGGAGUUUGGCUCUGACCCAGACGAGAAGCCCCCCAACCUGAAAAGACCUGAAGAUUACGAAGCCGUCUUCGCUGGCAACAUUGAUGACCAUUUCAGAAUUGGGGUUGCGAUUCUUCAAAAGAGCAUGAGAUUAUAUGCACCGUUUUAUUCAUCAGACAUCAUCAUUGCCUCUCCCCUGGGUAUGCGGACCAUCAUUGGCACAGAGGGAGAGAAGAAGAGAGACUUUGAUUUUCUGUCAUCCAUAGAAAUGCUCAUAAUUGAUCAGGCAGAUAUUUACCUAAUGCAGAAUUGGGAACAUGUUCUGCACCUGAUGAAGCACAUUAACCUGCUGCCUUUGGAUUCCCAUGGGGUAGACUUUUCCCGAGUGCGAAUGCCGAACCUCAAUAACUGGUCCAAGUACUACCGUCAGACAUUGCUGUUCAGUGCCCUUCAGGAUCCUCAGAUUAAUGCUAUCUUCAACAAACACUGCUUCAAUUACAUGGGGCAGGUGGCUGUCCGCAACGUGCCGCUGAGCGGCUCCAUUAGUCGUGUUGUGGUCCAGCUCCCUCACGUUUUCCGGAGGAUAGAAGCUGAAAAUUUAACUUCUGUAAUAGAUAUGAGGUUUCAGUUCUUCAUUGACAAAGUUUUGCCCGAGUACCGUGAUGCCAUCAUGUCACACACGCUCAUUUACGUUCCAUCGUAUUUUGACUAUGUGCGACUUCGAAAUUACUUCAAGAAAGAGGAGCUGAAUUUUACUCACAUUUGUGAAUACGCUAAAAAGGCCGCCAUCUGCAGAGCAAGGCGGUCCUUCCUCAAGGGAGAGAAGCAGUUCUUACUGCUCACUGAGCGCUUCCACUUCUACAAAAGGUACACAAUAAAAGGCAUUAGGAACCUCAUUUUCUAUGAGUUACCAACCUACUCCCACUUCUACAGCGAGAUUUGUAAUAUGAUGAAGGCCACAGACGGUGGAGUGGAUGCCACUUGGACCUGCACUGUGCUCUACUCCAAGUACGAUGCUCAGAAAUUGGCUGCAGUGGUUGGCAUAGAUCGCACCGCUCAAAUGCUACAGUCCAAGAAAAAUGUGCACCUCUUUGUUACAGGAGAAAAUGAAUAAGUGACAAGGCAAUUGGAUGGACCCAGAUUUUACACCUAAUGAACCUUUUGAUGUUACUUAAAAAAAAAAAAAAAAUUAAAACUUUUUAGUCCCUUUUGCUAAGUAUUCCAUUUAUACAGUAUUAAUUUUUGUAUUUCAAGUUUCUGUCCAACAGGAAACAAAGGCUGUCAUUCAAGAAAGCAUGGAUUGUAAGGUUUCUUCUGUAUAUAAAGAAAAUCAAUCCAGAGUUAUUGUUAUGUAUUGAAAAACUCACUGGUCAGUAAAGAUUGGUGGUUUGAUAAACA